AUGAAUGCUAGGAGACCAUAAACAAAGAUGGCGUCGGCACAAGCGACGAUUGUAGAAGACUUGAAGGAUAGGAGAGUCCCUUCAGCUCUCUAUUGGACCACCGAGCAUGUCGCCGACUGGAUAGAAGAGUUGGGAUUCCCACAAUAUAAACCAUGCAUUGUGACAAAUUUAAUAAAUGGGAGGAAAUUAUGUUGUCUCCAUGCAUCAGCAUUUCCAAAGAUAGGAAUAACAGAUUUUGACCAUAUUAAGAUUAUAUCCAAAAACAUAAGAGAUCUAAUUUACUUAGAAGAACCAUAUUGGAAUCGUUGUAUAUCUAUUCCACCUAAAAAUAAUUUAGGUAUGUACUUGGAAAUGAAGUCACACACAGGAAAGAAUAUUGAUACUACAACCUUCAAGCAAAUGUACAACAAAAAUCCUGAUCCAAAAUGGCAGCCACCUUUGUCCAAUCAAUGCUUGAUUUUGCCAAGAGACUAGACAGUUUAGCUGUCCUGUAAGCCUUUAACACUAAUUGUUUUUAAAACAAACAAAAUAUGAAGGGACAAAUAAAUAUUAAACAUGAACUUGUAAAAAUAUUGCUCAAUAUGAAAUUUGAUAUUUUAUAUUUUUUCAGCAGUUUUUAAUAAUUUUACUAUGUAUUGCAAAAGUUUCAUGUUGUUACUAAUAUUGUACUGAUACAUUUUAGAACAUGGCUUAUUGUCAUAAAAUUUGCAUUAGUAUAAUUUUUGUUUUUAUUCCAAAAUUUUAGUCAUGUCUUUUAUAAUGAAGAAAACAAAAUAAUAGUAGUCAAACAUGGAUGUUUUGAAUAUGUAAAAUAUACCUAGUUGUGUUCUAACUAGUGUAAAUAAAAUAGUCAAAACUGCUUUUAGAAUAGCCUCUACCUGAAUGUUAUCUACCACCAAAAGUUUAAAAUUGUAAUGCCAAUGAUAUCAUCAAUGUAUAUUCAGCAUAUUGAAAUAAGGCAAAGAUAUUGGUCUGUGACUAAGAAACCAAUUGUUAACAUCCAUAAAGUUUUUCAUUUAUGAAAGCCUUUUAAAAAAUAGGUAUUAAACACCUUGAUCAUU